AUGAUUAGGAGAAGCCGGAGUUCCCCACCAUUUCGGCGGCAAAUCUUACCUUCGUCGCCACCACAGCUAGUGCUGCCGCUGCUGGGUCGACCGGAGCUACAUCCAACGCCUUUUAGGUCAACCUCUUGUUCAUCAAAUUGUUUUUUGAAGGAUACACACAUUAUGUCGGGUUGUCGUGGUCGUGAUAGUACUGGUAGUCGACGACAUGACUCUGCUCUUGGUCGUGACAGUACUGGUGGUCGACCGCAUCACUCUACUCGUGGUCCUGAAAAUACUCAUAGUCGACCGCAUGACUCUACUUGUGGUCCUGAAAGUCGACCGCAUGACUCUACUUUUGGUCCUGAAAGUCGACCGUAUGACUCUACUCCUAGUCCUGAAAGUCGAUUGUAUGACUCUACUUCUGGUCCUAAAAGUCGACCGCAUGACUCUAGUCUCGGUCCUCUAAGUCGACCGCAUGACUUUACUCGUGGUCCUGAAAGUCGACCGCAUGACUCUACUCGUGGUCCUGAAAGUCGACCGCACGACUGUACUCCUGGUCCUGAAAGUCGACCGUACGACUCUACUCCUGGUCCUAAAAGUCGACCGCAUGACUCUACUCCUGGUCCUGAAAGUCGACCAUAUGACUCUACUUCUGGUCCUAAAAGUCGACCCCAUGAAUCUACUCGCGGUCCUAAAAGUCGACCGCAUGACUCUACUCCUGGUCCUAAAAGUCGACCGUAUGACUCUACUCCCGGUCCUAAAAGUCGACCGCAUGACUUUACUCAUGGUCCUGAAAGUCGACCGUAUGACUCUACUCCUGGUCCUAAAAGUCGACCGCAUGACUCUACUCCUGGUCCUAAAAGUCGACCGUAUGACUGUACUCCUGGUCCAAAAAGUCGACCACAUGACUCUACUCCUGGCCCUAAAAGUCGACCGUAUGACUCUGCUCCCGGUCCUAAAAGUCGACCGUAUGACUCUACUCCUGGUCCUAAAAGUCGACCGCAUGACUCUACUCCUGGUCCUAAAAAUACUCAUACUCAUAGUCGACUGCAUGACUCUACUCCUGGUCCUAAAAAUACUCAUACUCAUAGUCGACUGCAUGACUUUACUCGUGAUAUGUGA